AUGGCUCUUGGUUUUGUGAAAUUGACGGAGAAAACGAAGCACUCGGAAGGAGCUGAGCACCACAGAGAAAGCGGUGACCACGGGCACCACGAAGACAAGGCAAAAAUGGCGUCACACAACCCCGUCCUCAUUGAGCAAGCUGGUGCCUCCCAGACGAGUAAACUUGACGGGAAAGGAUUACGAAUUGCUAUCGUUGCAAGCCACUGGUACGAAAAUGUGGUUCGCUCGCUUGUGGAUGCGUGCUCGGAGGAGCUGUUGGCAAAGGGCGUGCCGGAAGACAGUCUGCACCUCAUUGAGGUUGCAGGUGCAUUUGAGUUACCUUUCGCGGCUGCUCGCCUUAUCGACUGCAAGGAUAAGCGCCACCGCCCGGACGCCGUGAUAUGCAUUGGCUGUAUAGUUAAAAAUUCCAUGUACAUGUGCGAGACGAUGAGUCAAGCUGUGGCCCACGGGAUCAUGAAGCUGAAUGUAACGUCGGCCACGCCCGUCAUUUUUGGCGUGCUCUGCUGCGACAAUGAGUCGCAGGCCGAAUCCUGCGCGGAAAAGCGUUCGUGCUGUGGUAUUGACGAGAGUCAGAAGUGCAACCACGGUGUUUCGUGGGCACAGUCGGCUUUGCAGAUGGCACAUCUAAAGCGUUGUAGCUCUGUAAAAGAGAUAGAGCAGUGCUGCUGCACUCGCUGUGUGGGCCGUAGGAGUGGCAAGGGUGGUGAGCACAAGGCUGAGAAGCAGAAGGCCAGCAAGCACGAGCUAAAGUCCAGCAAACAGGAGUCGUGUGCAUCUUGUGAGUCGACAACGAACAACUGCAUGUGCAAGGACUGCAAGUGCCGCACAUGCUGCGUUAAACGCGCGGCGUGCUGUGGUUGCGGCUGCCCUCCAGACAAGUGUUCGUGUCGUGGCUGUAACUGUGCUGCUUGUGGUGGGAAGAAGUUGGAAGCUGGGAAGACUUCGCCAAGCGAUAUUGCUAGUAAGCUAGAGGCUGUGCCGUCAAUCGAGCGCGCCGAGCACGAAGAAAGUUUGCCUGGGGGUGCCCGCGAACAUGGAAGCUCUGCCAAAUGUGGCAGCUGUGGCAGCCCUGGAGGUACCUGCAAGUGUGGUUUACUGCAUUAA